AUGGCUUCGAAACAAAAAUCUUCAAACCCAGCUGUCAAUUUGAUUGCUGGCGGUGGUGCGGGUCUAAUGGAAGGUCUAUGUUGCCAUCCAUUGGAUACCAUCAAGGUUAGAAUGCAGAUCUACAAAAAUGCUGUUGGUUCCGGUGUAAAAGCACCAGGUUUCAUCAAGACUGGUGGUGAAAUCUAUAGAAAUGAAGGUUUCUUGGCAUUUUACAAAGGUUUAGGUGCUGUCGUCAUCGGUAUCACACCAAAGAUGGCUAUUAGAUUCUCAUCUUAUGAGUUCUAUAGAACUUUGCUUGCUGAUAAGGAAACUGGUAAAGUUUCUACUGGUAACACUUUCAUUGCUGGUGUCGGUGCAGGUAUCACCGAGGCUGUCGUCGUUGUCAAUCCGAUGGAAGUCGUGAAGAUUAGAUUACAAGCACAACAUCUAAACCCUGUCGAAGGUGCUCCAAAAUACAAGAACGCCGUGCAAGCUUGUUACACCAUCGUAAAAGAGGAAGGUUUCAGCGCUUUGUACCGUGGUGUUUCAUUGACUGCUGCUAGACAAGCCACCAACCAAGGUGCUAAUUUCACCGUUUACUCUAAAUUAAAAGAAUUCUUGCAAGGUUAUCAUAAUCAAGAAAUGUUGCCAAGUUGGGAAACCUCAUUGAUUGGGUUAAUCUCAGGUGCCAUUGGUCCCUUCUCAAAUGCACCGUUAGAUACCAUCAAGACGAGAUUGCAAAAGGAUAAAUCUACUAAGAAUAUGUCCGGUCUCAAAAGAAUUACCAUCAUUGGUAAACAAUUGAUCCAAGAAGAAGGUUUCCGUGCCCUAUAUAAAGGUAUCACCCCAAGAGUGAUGCGUGUGGCUCCAGGUCAAGCUGUCACUUUCACUGCUUAUGAAUUCAUUCGUAAAGAAUUGGAGAAGACCGGUGUAUUUUGA